CCAGCAGACAGUUUACCUGUCGACACGUUACCGGGCACAGGUGUAUUGUAGCACACAUAGUCGGAUCACCUGGUGCUUUGUAGUGAGGUGUUAACGUCCCACAGUAUAUAUAGGAGUGAAAGCACCAGGUAAAUCUUCAGUUAUAAACGAAACACAUUACAGGUAACACGUACCUGCUAUUAGAGCCAUAAAGAGUAAGAAAAGUCAACGUCAGGUUUACAAUGGAUUCUGUACUGACAUCAGCUCCAGCUAGCGGUUCUGCUACUGAUAGGAUAAACGGUGCUCUGGCAACACUGCGGAGUGAAAUGGCCGACCUCAGACAACAAGACGUGAUGUUAAUGAAACAGCUCAUCAACAUCAACGACACCAUCCAGAGCUUAGCCAAACGACGUCCAAGUUCCCACAGACCAUUGAAGAAAAAGUUAUCGUUUGUCAAUGGGAGGAGAGAAUUUGUCAACAGUGAUGAAUCAAUCCCAGAACAUUCCACAAAUUUCCAACAAAAACGAAUGACAUGGAGCUUCAGCGGGUCUUUUUGUAGCAUUGAUUCCUCCAGCUCGACCGAAGAUAUGGGUUGCGUGGAUUCUGACAGUGAUGAAAGUUUUUGUGGUACAGAACAAAACCUAAGUGACUCUUUUGCCUCCGUAACUUCGCGAUCUUUGUUCGUCGCGAAAAUUCCAGAAACAGAUGACCUAGCAUAUGAGGAAAUUUUUAGAAGGAAUAUCAAACUGUGGAAGUUCUCGCAGUCUGAAAGCUUUGAACAACCAGUUGUGUCUUGAGAACUGAUGAAAUCAAUUGGAAACAUUUCAUCGUCUUAUGACACUUUAAAAAUGUGAGCCUGACUCCAAAAUCUUGCUCAGACUAUUUUCCUGAUACUCCCAAAUACAGUUCUCAGGAAAAGCCAUGUCGCUUUAACCAGGGAAUGUCUUAAAAACAACUCCAGGUUAUCGCUGAACUGCCUCCAGGAUACUCGAAGUCUCCGUGAUGACUGAAUCAAGGACCCUCGCGGCAAUAUCGAUACGGAUUUGCAGGAAAGCUUUAACUAGUAACAGACCAUCUGAAACUGGACUCUGAGACGUAUUUACCUGAAGUAUCACGCAUAUCAUUAGUGGUCUUUGAUAUUAGAAUGGAAUUGGUUUAUAAGGACGGUAGUUCUCUGACUGUUGUAUUUCCGCAAUGAGAGACGAUAAAAAAGCUGAACCAACAGAACAAGAACAUGAACAAAUAAUGUGCUUGCAGUGGUUUAUCGUAUUAUGGUGCCACGAGUCAUAGGUCGAAAUAGUCAUAAGACUUCAAGACGUCAAGCGAGGCUUAUCCCAUGAUUGCUCAUUUGCUUCUAAGUGUAGGAGUGUGAGUAAGUGAGAUGAGAACGUGACUCUAGAUAAGUAGUGUAAGUUAUAAUAUUGAUUUAUACAGCCAUACUGUUUGCGUUAGAACGUAAAACAAAUGUUUGACAUGUAUUAUCGACCUGAUGAUAAGCAUGAAUGGAUGGGAUAUAUGUGUUUGCUAAACAUUAUUUUGUCGAUCAUUUGUUAUCGUAUGAAUGUGUUGAUAUCUCCAGAAGAAUUUGUUUGAAUGUAUACGCCUGGAUGCUUGUGAAUGUUUUGAAUGUUAUCAUACCAAAUGAGAUCAGAACAAAUAAAAAAUCUUAAACA